AAUCGGAAGUCCCAAACAUACUCAAUAAUAAUAAUACCAAAAACUAGAGUUGCAAUAGUUACCGCACGUUUUGUCAUAUUUUAACGCACUAUUUAGUGAGGAAGUAUGGCGCUAUGUAGGGCACUUAAAGUUGACUCGGACUGUAUUUGGGACGCAGCCGGUGUUUCAGGUGAAAAGGUCAGCAGCGCCGCUGAAUGGAGGCGCCGCUAUGCAGAAACACACAACGUCCUGAUUUGCCUGUUCAAUUUAUUCUCUUUUACUUUAUAGCUUUCUGUCUUCUACACAUCACUAACCUUAACUUUACCUCAGGGAGGAGAGUUUCCUCUCCAGCUCACACUCCAGCUGUGGGAAAUGUCAUGACCUGGAGAAACAUGUCCAGCAGACCUGGAGGUGCCAUGAACGUGUUUAACAGAAAUAUGAAGAGAAAGCAGAAGAAAUGGGCAGCGACCUUACCGGACAGCGAUAAAUAUGAUUACCUGCGAGACGAGGUUGGGAGCAGAGUAGCAGACAGAAUUUAUGACAUUGCCAGGACUUUCCCUUUAGCACUAGACGUGGGCUCCGGAAAAAGCCAUGUUGCCGAACAUCUCAGCAAGGACGUCGUAGAGCGCCUUUUCCUUACAGACAUCUCCGAUGCUUCGUUGAGGCAGAAGAGGCAGAGUGAGAUGCCUACACACUGCGUGAUGGCCGACGAGGAGUUCUUGCCGUUUCAGGAGAACACUUUUGAUCUGGUGUUCAGCAGUCUGAGUUUGCACUGGAUCAACGAUCUUCCAGGAGCUCUGCGUCAGAUCCAUCGUGUGCUGAAGCCAGACGGUGUGUUCGUAGGUGCGAUGGUUGGAGGCGAGACUCUGUACGAGUUGCGCUGUUCUCUGCAGCUAGCUGAGCUGGAGCGGGAGGGAGGAUUUGCGCCCCACAUUUCACCCUACACAGCCGUCACCGACCUGGGCAACCUGCUGGGCCAAGCUGGCUUCAACAUGCUCACUGUGGACGUCGAUGAGAUUCAGGUUCAUUACCCGGGCAUGUUUGAAAUCAUGUGCGAUUUACAAGGAAUGGGCGAGAGCAACUGUGCGUGGAACAGGAAGGCGCUGUUGCACCGAGACACCAUCCUGGCAGCGGCUGCCGUUUAUAAAGAGAUGUACGGUAAUGAAGAUGGAUCCGUCCCAGCCACGUUUGACAUCCUGUUUAUGAUUGGCUGGAAGCCUCACGAGUCACAGGCGAAACCAGCGAAAAGAGGCUCGGCGACCGUGUCCUUCGCAGAUUUGCCGAAAGUCAGCCGAACACACGCCGGCAACAAAACGGACAACUCCAGCACCAGCUGACUAAACCCAGCUCCUCAGUAUUACCAUAGAAACAGUAUUGCUU